AUGGCCACCCCCAAUGUCCUAGCUUUUGACGCUGAGGGUAGAGCCAUUGACUUUGCAGUCUGGAUUGAAGACCUGCAGCUGUACUUACUGUGUGAUGCGGUCGAUGAGGUCUCUCUCUUUGACUUUGUCUCUGGCGCUGUCCCUGCCCCUCCUACUGAUGCUGAUUCCGCCGUUCGCUCCAAGUGGGCGACCCGCGAUGCUGCUGCACGUCUUGCUGUGCGUCGCCACCUCCCUUCCUCCGAGCGUGCCCACUUUAGUCACCGCCUCAUGCUACCUUUUCUCUUCCCUGACCUCGGUGCCUUUCCCACUAUCGCUGACCUCAUUACCCACCUCCGCGCUAGUGACGCUCGCUACCGCGCUGCCCUUCCUGCUGAGUUCCGCGCCGCCAACCCUCCUCCCAUGUACAUCACUCUCUACUUUCUUGUCACCCGUCUCCCUGAGUCCCUUCGUGUCGUUAGGGACCAGUUUCUCUCUGUCUGUCCCACCACCCUCACUGUCGACCUCCUUGAGGAGUCCCUGCUAGCGGCUGAGAAGAGCAUAGUCGCUGUAGGGGCCUCUCGGGGUGACCCUCGCACCCCCAUCUUUGAGGGGUGUUCUCCUUCCCCCCUGCUGCCCUCUAUCGCCUCUGCCGUUGCGGCCAACCUCGCUGGUUUUGAGUCGGUCGGUGCGGCGUCUGCCCCCAGCGGUAGACGCCGCUCUGGCAAGGGCAAGGGGGGCAAGGGAGCGGGUGGAGCUAGAGGAGGCAGUGGCGGAGGAGGUGGGGGUGGCAGGGGGAGUGGGGGUGGCGGUGGAGGUGGUGGCGGGAGUGGAGGUACUGGUGGAGGCGGUGGAGGCGGAGGUGGCGGCGGAGGCGGUAGCGGAGGAGGCGGGGGCGAGGGUACCAGUGGGGGCGGUGGCGGUAGAGACGGGGGCGGUGGUGGAGGCGGGAGUGGCGGUGGCGGCGGGGGUCGGAGUGGCUCGUCCCAGCGGAGCAGCUCUGGGGGUGGUCAGCGCCAGCAGCAGCAGCAGCAGCGCUCUCGCACCGUCCCCGCCCCUCAGCAGCUCCGUGAGUGGUACUUGCAGCGUCAGCGUGGUGGUGCGUUUGGUCCCUGCCCCUACGUUCUUCGCACCGGCGACCGUGCGGGGGAGAGGUGUGGAGGCAUCCACACAGCCCGCCGCUGCUCUGGCCGCCUGAUCGACGCCUGGCGUCAGCAGUUUCCGGAGGCCGCUGAGAUCCCCCGCUGGGGGGAGCUGUCUAGGGCUGGUGUAGCCAUUUAUGAUCUUGACUUUGAUGCUAUUCUUUCUGCUAUGUAUGUUGUGACUGGUAGUGAUGAGGAUGACUGUUACCGGUGUUUCCCGCCCGACCCGGGCAUUGGUACUGCUGCGUCAGGUACUAGUGAGGCUGCUGCUCUAGGUGCCAGUGCGUCAGUGCUCUCAGGUACUGGUGAGUCUGCCCUCUCAGGUACUGUGUCGACUUCGGCCUCUCACACCUUCACACUUGACUCUGGAGCGUCUCGCUCCUUCUUUCGGGACCGCACUACUCUCACGCCGCUGAGUCGGCCGGUUGCGGUGUCCCUGGCUGACCCCUCUGGGGGGCCUGUCUUGUCUCGCUUCUCCACGGUACUUCCGUGUCCGGCGGCCCCCUCUGGCACCCUGUCGGGUCUCUACCUCCCCUCGUUCUCGACGAACCUGGUGAGUGGUGCUGACCUACAGGAUGCGGGUGUCCACCAGUUCACUCCUGCUCGUCUGCGGGUGACCCACUGCACGGAGGCUAGCACGGGACGCCACCUGGCAACGUUUACACGUCGGCCAGGUUCGAGCGUGUACACACUGACCACUUCUUCUCCUCCAGGUACUGAGUCUGGUAGGGUCCCUUCGUCUGGUCAGGUGUUUGCCGCAGCGUCCAGGUCUGGUCCUGUGUCUUCCCCCUGUUCGUGUCGUCGUCUGUCUCACGAGACCCUCCUCUGGCACCACCGCCUUGGCCACCCCUCUCUGCUUUGGCUCAGAGGCAUGGCCUCCCGUCUUCUUGUGUCUGGUCUCCCCCGGUCUCUACCUCCCCUUCCUCAGGGCCCCGGCCCUGCCUGUGUCCCCUGUGUCGAGGGGCGCCAGCGUGCUGCCCCUCACUCCUCCCAGUUUCCUCCGACAGAGGCCCCGCUGCAGACACUUCACAUGGACGUGUGGGGCCCAGCCCGCGUCUGUGGACAGGGUCAGGAGAGCUACUUCCUGUUGGUUGUUGACGACUACUCGCGUUACACCACAGUCUUCCCCUUGCGCAGCAAGGGUGAGGUUACUGAGGUGCUGAUCGACUGGAUCCGCGCAGCUCGUCUUCAGCUCAGGCAGAGCUUUGGCUCCGACUUUCCUGUAUUGCGUCUGCACUCUGACAGAGGCGGAGAGUUCUCCUCUGGCCUUCUACGUGCCUACUGUCGAGCGCGAGGCAUUCGCCAGUCCUUCACGCUUCCGGACUCCCCACAGCAAAAUGGGAUUGCUGAGCGCCGCAUUGGUAUGGUCAUGGACGUCGCCCGUACGUCCAUGAUGCAUGCGGCUGCCCCCCAUUUUCUGUGGCCGUUUGCGGUCAGGUACGCAGCGCAUCAGAUCAACCUCCACCCAAGGGUCUCCAGGCCGGAGACCUCCCCAGCCCUGCUGUGGACGGGGAAGGUUGGCGAUGCGUCGGCGUUCCGGGUCUGGGGAUCUCGGGCGUUUGUCCGAGACUUGUCUGCGGACAAGCUGUCCCCUCGCGCUGCUCCCUGCGUCUUCCUAGGGUUCCCCCCUGACGCCCCUGGGUGGCAAUUCUACCACCCCUCCUCUCGACGUGUUCUGUCCUCCCAGGACGUCACGUUCGACGAGUCGGUACCCUACUACCGCCUCUUCCCCUACCGCACUCCGUCCCUCCCCCCACCCCCGCUCUUCUUGGUACCAGACGCGGUCAAGCCUGUCGAGGUCACUGGUGACUCUGGUGCUGCUGCGGGAGCUGAGCCUGGGGGUGCGGAGUCUGGGGGUGCUGAGCCUGGGGGUGCGGAGUCUGGGGGUGCUGAGCCUGGGGGUGCGGAGUCUGGGGGUGCUGAGCCUGGGGGUGCUGAGCCUGGGGGUGCUGAGCCUGGAGGUGCUGAGCCUGGGGGUGCUGUGCCUGGGGGUGCUGAGCCUGGGGGUGCCGAGCCUGGGGGUGCUGUGCCUGGGAGUGCUGUGCCUAGGGGUGCUGAGCCUGGGGGUGCUGAGCCUGGGGGUGCCUCGUCUCGCCGGGAGCCACUCUCCCCACAGGAGCUGCGUGAGUGGUUUGCCAGGCGCUGGAGGCGUGCUGCUAGUGCUGGUGGUUCUUCGGCUGCAGAGGGCACUGCUGCCGCGCGUCCCAGCGGUGCUCGUCCUGUGGGUGCUGGAGCUGCUGGGUCUGCGAGUUCUCCUGGAGCUGGUGCUGCUGAGGGGGUUGGCGCUGAGCCUGCCGCUGGCGGUCCGACUGACAGUACUCCUGGUGCUGCUGCUGGAGGUUCUGGAGCUUCUGGUGGUGCUGCUGGAGGUGCUACUGGAGUGGGUGCUCCUGCCGGGGGUGCUGGUGCUGUUCCUGCUGUUUCUGGCGUCGCCGCGCGGCCCCGACCGUACAUCGUUCCGCUCCUGCAGCAGGUUCUUGGUCUUCCACCUCCUCCUCCUCCCUUAGAGGGUCCGCAGCCUGUCCGGUCACAGCCACAGCUACAGCCUGCCUCCCCUUUGCCUGCUCCUUCUCCCUACGCUAGUCCGACUGGAGGUCUUACUGAGCGUCGUGAGCCUGCGUCUCGUCCUGCGUCGCCUGUUCGUACUGAGCGCGCUAGUGGUCGCGGGUCGCGUCAGCGUCCUCCUCCUGUCCCUGGCACGCACCGGAUGUCACUGCGUCCGUCCACUGCUCCUCUGCGUGCCCCUUUACCUUCUCCUCCUGCUUCCUCUCUUCCUGCUCUUGCCGACCCGGAGUCGGACUCUCUUCGUGCUGCCAGUCCUACUGUCACGCGUCUCCUUGCUACUGCUGUCACUGACCCUUCCUUCGAGUCGUCUGCUGCGUCUGCCCUUGUCACUGAGCUUGUCGACUUUGCUGCGCGCUGUCGUCUAGACUACGCUGCCAGUCUUGUCGCUGAGUCUGAGUCUGCCUGUCCUCCGUCCGUCGGGGGUGAGUGUGCCCUUGGCACGGACGUCCUUGAGGACAGGCAGGAGGAGUUCCAGUGUCUGGCCGCCGCUUCACCCCAUCUCGCGUCUGUACUGCUAGCCCUUGAGGGAGACCCGGAUGCACCAGACAUCCCGACUCCGCGCUCUUACGCGGAGGCGAUAGAGGGUCCCUACUCCUCUCAGUGGCAGGCAGCUAUGGAUGCAGAGAUGGCUUCCUGGAAGUCCACAGGCACCUACGUCGACGCGGUUCCCCCUCCUGGGGCGAACAUCGUCAGUGGCAUGUGGAUUUUCAGGGUGAAGCGGCCGCCGGGUUCUCCGCCUGUCUUCAAGGCGCGUUACGUGGCUCGUGGCUUCAGUCAGCGGCAGGGGGUUGACUACUUUCAGACCUUCUCCCCCACCCCAAAGAUGACCACUCUUCAGGUUCUGCUGCACGUUGCUGCUCACCGUGACUACGAGCUGCACUCUCUCGACUUCAGCACAGCUUUCUUGCAAGGCAGUCUGCACGAGGAGAUCUGGCUGCGCCGCCCAUCUGGCUUCACUGGGUCUUUCCCUCCUGGUACCCAGUGGAGUCUCCGGCGUCCAGUCUACGGUCUCCGCCAGGCGCCACGUGAGUGGCACGACACACUGAGGACUACGCUCGCGGCACUUGGGUUUGCUCCGUCUACUGCCGACCCGUCGCUGUUUCUGCGCACCGACACCUCUCUGCCGCCGUUCUACAUCCUCGUGUACGUCGACGACUUGGUCUUUGCCACAGCUGACACUGCUGGACUCGCCUACGUGAAGUCCGAGCUGUAG